AUGGAUUCCAUGAUCGGCAUAAUCUCAAGAUGGAAGGGGAUUUUCGUCGAUGAUCCCCAUUCUUAUGACGACCGCAUUCCAGACCCACCCUCAGGUCAUUCAAAUGAGACAGAACUCAGACAGAAGGACCUGUACACGCACCCACGCCAGAUGAUCGUUAUGGCGAAAUACUUGGACAACGAAAGGCCAGCAUUAUCAGUGAAUACCAGUCUACAUGACAGUUCAACUACCCUGCCACAAGAAAAGUCACCCAGAAGUCUUGAAUCUUCCCAGACCAUUAUUGUUGACUUUGAUGACAAUUUUUUGCACCCGCAUGCCUGGCCUGAUUCCCGGCGAUGGUCAAUAUUAAUCCUUACUCUCGUCAUUACGACUUUAGCAAAUGUAUCAACGACAAUCGUUGUUCCUUCAUUGGAUGUUAUCUCGGCUGAGCUGAACAUGGACCCCAUAUCUGAAGGACCAAUGGUGAUGUCUUCCUACGUACUGACCCUUGCCUUCGGUCCCUUAUUGGUAGCCCCAUUCAGUGAGCUCUGGGGGAGAGUUCCUCUCAUGCAGGCUGGGAAUAUUAUCUAUAUGGGAUUCAACUUGGCCUGUGGGUUUGCGACCAGUCGAGCCCAGCUCCUUGCUUUCCGAGUGCUUGCUGGCCUUGGAAGCGGCGCAACACCAGUAGUUGGGAUUGGUAUGAUAAGUGACAUGUUUCCCACUGAAAAACGCGGGCAAUCACUUGCUGUAUUGAACAUGGCAUUCAUAUUAGCGACCCCUAUUGGUGCCAUCGUUGGCGGGUUCACAACUUCUUCGGCAUCUUGGAGAUGGGAUUUUUAUUCAACUUCCAUGGCCUCGGCCGUGCUGAUCCUGUUAAGCUUUUUCAUCUACAAGGAAUCUUACCCCCCGGUCCUACUCCAACGGAGAAAGAAGCAGCUGCUGAAGGCCAAUGGUCCAAGUUCAGGUAACCUCAAAACACAAUAUGAUGAAGAUCACCCUACGAUCGCGGCACUAUACUACAAGACACUUAUCAGGCCUCUCUACUUCCUUGCGACGCAGCCCAUUAUUCAACUCCUAGGCCUUUAUGUGUCCUUUGCCUACGGAAUGACCUAUCUUAUUUUCGGUUCAUUCCCAGCACUUUGGGAAGGGCGCUAUCACGAGGCCAAGACGAUUGCCUCGCUUCACUUUAUCGCCCCUGGCAUCGGCUAUCUUUCCGGAAUCAUGAUUGGCAUGUUCUGUGCAGACCGAACAUAUCGAAAGCUCCAGCGGAAUUCUGAAGAGAAGAAGCCGGAGUUCCGGCUCCCUCUUCUGAUUAUCAGCUCAACCUUCAUACCUGGAGCCCUGAUCUGGUAUGGUUGGUCUGCAGAAGCUCACGCUCACUGGGCAAUUCCCACUAUUGCGAUAUGUUUCUUGAUGUGUGGCUGCACUAUUUUGUUCCAGUGUGUCACUGCCUACUCCAUUGAUACCUUUCAUAUAUAUGCCGCCAGUGCAUCGGGCGCAUUGUUUUUUGUGAGAGGUCUCUGCGCUUUUACCUUUCCUUUGUUUGGACCUACUAUGUACGAGAACAUAGGCUUUGGCUGGGGCAAUACUCUGCUUGGACUGCUGGCCCUGGUCAUUGGUGUUCCAGUCCCCUUGAUCUUGUGGAAAUAUGGUCCUCGACUCCGGCAACGAAGUGUUUAUGCAAUGUCCUCGUAG